UUAUUUUUAUAUCUAUAUUUUGAGAAAUUUAAAAUAUAUAUGAAUUUUUUUUAAAUUAAAUAGUUUGCCCAAAUCCAAACCCGAACCGAAUCCGCAAGGAUCUGAAUCGAACCAAAUCCGUAAGGAUCCAAACCGAACCAAACCAAAUGGUACCCGAAUUUUCACUCUUAAUCAAAUGUAAAAAAAAAACUAUUGAUAACAAAAUGUGUGUUAUUGAUAAUAUUUAAAUAUAACAUAUUUUUUAAAAAUUAACCUGCGCGGAUUACCAUCUAGUAUACUAGUAUAAUAAUGUUACUCAUUUACACGUCAUGUGAACACAACUGUCAUAUCACAUAAUAAGUAAGCGAUCCACUGUCCUUCUCCAACUAACUUCAAUACUUCAAACUCUCUCUUUAUCAUCUCAAGCCUCUAUAUAAACCCUACGUACGUACGUCCUCUUCUCAUACUCACUGAGUCAAAACUCACGUGUCAAUGACCGUAUCCUCUGUCAAACAACCGUCUCCGUUGGAGGAGGAGGAGGAGAGCCACCAUCACCAAGAUCAAGAAGAGUCCCAUCGAAGUAACAACAAGAAACGGGUUAGACCCGACCCGGGUUACCGAGGCGUCAGGAUGCGAACGUGGGGCAAAUGGGUCUCCGAGAUCCGUGAGCCACGCAAGAAGAGCCGUAUCUGGCUCGGCACUUUCUCAACGGCGGAGAUGGCUGCGCGUGCACACGACGCGGCUGCUCUCACCAUCAAAGGAACCUCCGCUGUUCUCAACUUCCCGGAGCUCGCCAAUUACCUUCCACGUCCAGCUUCCUCCUCUCCCCGUGAUGUUCAAGCUGCAGCCGCCGUAGCCGCCGCCAUGGACUUCUCCUCCUCCGCCGUUGUGAUCUCCGAUCAUACCACCGUCGUCCCAGAGAUACACUUGUCGUCAUCGAGUAGUUAUGCAACGUCGACGUCGUCUUCAUCGUUGUCACCGUCGAGCGAAGAAGCAGCGUCACCUACGGCGGAAGAACUGAGCGAGAUAGUGAAGUUACCGAGUCUAGAGGCGAGUUACGAUGAGACGUGGAGCGAGUUCGUGUACGUUGACCCGGAGUAUCCACCUAUUUCGCCUUGGUAUUUUAAUAACUCAUGUUAUAGCUUUUAUUACCACAGCGACGAUAAUGGCACUUCGAUGUCUGAACCUUUUGAGUCUUCCAAUUUUUGCCCACUUUUUCCUUAAUUCUCGUAUUAAAACUUUCUCUUUAAUUACCCCAAUUUGUCUGAGGUUUAUUUAAUUAUUGGAUUCACAAUAGAGUUUAAUAUACUCGAUUAAAUAGUCGAUUAUCAUAUAGUAUCUCUUAUAGCAUGCAAGUUUAUCAUAUCUGAUAUAGUAUCUCUUAUAGCAUGCAAUACGAAACACGCAAAUGUGAUUAGACGAUAACUACAUUUUUGUUUCAUUUCUGUAGGUGUUUUGUUAUAAUUAAACUAUUUAUUUCAAGGUAUAGGCUGAAUAUGCUUUAGUUUUUAAUGUGUAGUUUGUAUAAUUACUUAAAAAAAUGUGUUCUCAGAUGGUUUGGUAGUUGGCAUAUAAUCUUCCCAACUUGGUAUUUAAUUUAAUUCACAAAAUUUCUCCGGUCAUAUCGAAUCAACUCUAAAAAGACUUUUUAUGUCUAGUCAUUGAGAAUUACAAAAUACAAAAGCAAAACUAUACACUUUUGGGUUUAAAACUCAUUUUGUUCC